CGUGUCGUCAAGGGUUUGGAUUGCGUGAGAAAAACUAGUGAGCGAAAUCCUCCUGGAUAUAUAUAAAGAUUCAACAAUUGUUUGUAUUUUGAUAGAUAAAUUACUACUGCAUGUUAAAUGUUGAAGCUCCGAAUUGGAGUUGGAUGGACCCGACUAUCUACGCUCUGAAUCCAUUCAAGAACCACCAUGGCCUUACUGCGCGAUUUGCCCCCACCCUAACUGAGGCUGCAGGUGCCAUUAUUGACACCCGAUGCUCCAAGUCGAAUCCGCCAGAACCUUGGAACUGGAACAUUUACUUGUUUCCUUUAUGGUGCUUGCGGGUUGUUGUUAGAUAUGAGAUUCUUUUCCCCAUAAGAGUUCUUGUCUUGACAAUAGGAUGGAUAACAUUUCUCUCUUGCUAUAUCCCGGUGCAUUUCCUCCUUAAAGGGCACCAUAAGUUCAGGAAAAAACUAGAGCACUCUAUCUGGUGAAAUGCUGAACAAUUGGGUUCAAACAAGAGCAGGCACACUACUUUUUGAGGAAAUCAAUCUAGUUCAUAAGACUUCUGCAAAUUAUAGCAGAUGUUGAUACUGAAAUUGGUUUUGGAGAGAGCUUCACAUUUAUAUACUGUUUCUUUGUUGCAUCUUGGACUGGGGUUGUCAAAUACCACGGCCCACGACCAAGCAUACGACCUAAGCAGGU